AUGGGAGCAAUAUUGGGACAGUAUCAUGAAGGCAGCGGCAAGGAGAAGGCCAUAUACUACAUAAGCAAAACUCUUUCAGGGUACGAGUCAAAAUACACCAUGUUAGAAAAGACUUGCUUUGCGCUUGUCUGGGAAACCCAACGUCUUCGACAUUACAUGUUGACUCAUAAGAUUCAGCUGCUAUCAAGGAUGGAUCCUAUCAAAUACUUGUUCGAGAAUCUCAUGUUGUCCGGAAGAAUGUCAAAAUGGAAAUUUUUGCUUUCCGAGUUUGAUAUUACAUACAUUACGCAGAAAUCUGUCAAAGGAAGAGAAAUCGUUGAUCAUCUAGCAUCGCAUCCUAUCCUCGACAACACUGAGCUGAAUAUUGAGUUCCCAGACGAAUGGGUGAUGUAUGCUGAUGUAACCGAAGAAUAUGAAUCCUACAUAGCUGGAUUGAAAGCUUCUAUUGAAAUCAAUGUCAAAAGCAUCAUAGUAUACGGAGAUUCACUGCUGAUCAUCAAGCAAAUCCAGAAGGAAUGGAGGUUUAACGAACAGUUAUCCCAAUAUCAUACAUACCUUGAAGAUCUCACCAGACAGUUCGAUCACAUUGAGUUCCACCACAUCUAUAAAAACAAAAAUUACGGUGCUAAUGCUCUUUUUGUUUUAGCUUCUACGCUUGCAGUCCCCGAAGGAAAGACGGUAAAACCCAUUGAAAUAAGUUGGAGAGAUGAACCUGCUUUCUGUUAUGCCAUUCAAAUUGCCGCUGAACAAUUAGACGACACUCCUUGGUUCGUUGAUAUCCAAAGGUACCUCAAAGAUCAAUCAUACCCAGAAGAUUCAACAAAACAACAAAGGAGAUACAUCCGAAGAGUAGCAUGUCAGUACACAAUCUUUGUAAAUGUUCUUUACAAAUUAUCAAGAGACGGAACCUUGUUACGAUGUGUGAACGAACACGAAGCAAGAAAGAUCCUGGAGAGAGUACACAGUGGUGAGUGUGGUCCUCACAUGAAUGCACACAUGAUGAGUAGGAAUAUAGCUUGCCUGGGAUACUACUGGACAACAAUGAUGUCAGAUUACUGCAACUUCAUCAUGAGGUGUCACCAAUGUCAGAUACAUGGGAACCUUAUGCAUGUACCUCCUUCUCAACUUCAUACUCUAUCAUCUCCAUGA